UCCGGGGAAGAAGCUGGAUGUGUCGAGAGCUGUCUCGCGCGAUCUCGCCCGGGACUAAUUAUCGCGGCUGGACGUGAAUUAGGGACGUAAACCUAAACGACGUCGCCGCCGUCUCCGUCGCCGUGGUCAUAAGAGCGCGGAGCCACUGCUGACACUAUCGGCGCCCCCGAUCUCUCGUCUGCUCAACCCGCGCGAGGAAACAUAUCUCCGUCGCCUAUUCUUCAAGAGGCAAACGCGGCCGCGCUCAUCGUUAUCGCUUCGCGCGUCGCUCAAGCUGAGCAUCACCCCGACCGAUCCGCAGCCGCGUGCAAGAUUGGCGCGGCCAGCUUAAUUGUUUACGAUAACUGCAUCGACAAAGCCGCUGCAGGGACACGAUGCACAUUUCGACCUCGCCCCGGCCGAUUCAGAUCGCUAUCUACACUCGCGUCGUCCUUCAUCCCAAAGUUUGCUCUCGCGAGUGACACUUCACGCGGUUGCCGCUCAUCCUUUCUGCUCGAGGUUAACGCACGCGGAAGGUAAUCGCGGCAUCAUGAGGAAAGCCGCCGGACCCGGGAUCCUGCAACUCGACGUGAGCACCGACGAGGAAUGGCAACAGCUGCUGAGCCAUCCGGGCCUGAUCGUCGUGGACGUGUACUCGGAUUGGAGUGGACCGUGUGCCGCCAUGGCGAGCACCCUGAGGAAGAUCAAGAUCGAAGCUGGCGACACGGUGGAGUACGCGAUCGCGCGCAACGACGACAUCGCCGAUCUGCAGAGAUUCCGAGGCCGUAGCGAGCCCGCUUGGAUGUUCCUGCAGGACGGCAAGAUGGUAAACCUGAUGUUCGGUGCGCACUGCCCGCGUCUGCGGAAGCUGCUGAUGGACGAGAUAAAGAGGGUGCAGCAAGCGGAGGCGCCCAAGUGGCGGCUGAAUGUUCACGAGCGGGCGCCUGAGGAGGAAGUGCGCUGGCAGAAGCAGGAGGCUGUCAGGCGGGCGCUGGAGGAGGCGAGACGCGCGAAGGAAGAGGCCGAGAGGUUGGAGAAAUACGAGCGGUUCAUGGAGUACAUGGUGGUCGAGCUGUGCGAGGAAACGGCGUUGGUGCUUUAUCCAUGGGUCUUCAAGGACGAGCGCGGCAGGCCGCGAGACAAGCUGCAGAGUCCACCGUACAAGGAGCUCGUGCAGGACCUCUUCAGACAGUGCUUCGACGUGCAGGAGGAGGCACGAAUUCAGCUCAACGAGGACAUGAUCGAAAGGAUGUUCGUCGAGAGUGGCGUCAAAAUCACCGACGAGCUGAUAAAAGGAUUGACCGACGGAAAGUGUAUGGCGAUGAGACUGAAGGGCAAGCCGCCGCAUCCGGAUUGGCCGGUGCGUUAUCCGCACGAGUGCCCGAAACGGAGCGAGAUGAAAUGUCCGAUUCGUACGAUCGACGACGUCGAGAAUUAUCUUAUCAGCAUCAUCAUGAAGGAGCCGCCUCCUCUUCUGCAGACCGGCCCGGUGCCUAUGAUCAGACCGACGUACGACGCGCCUUACAUGGAGAGGCAUGUGUACGUGUACGAGCCGGACCCGGAAGUCGAGAGCGACGUGCGCCGCGAACAUCCCGUCGCUUGGACACCUCCUCAGGCCCGAAGCAAGGUUCAUGUCUUCAAGACUCUGUUUCCGGCUUACCUAGAAAAGGCUUAUCCUUACGAGGAACCGGCACCUCCCGUGCCACUGUGUGCCUUCAAAUUCGAGGCAUCGAAAUUCGGCGUCGUGCGAGACGCGUAUGAGUUGCAUCGCGACGCCAUCGAGCACUUUGGCGUCUUCGAAUUCGAUCGACCACCUUACGCGAGACGUCUCGCGUCCUCGCCGGGAGAUUUCGAGAAGAAGGUGAAGUACAAAACCGGUAUCGAGGUGUUCGUAGUAAUAAUUCGAAGAGUCAACGAAGAGGCUUUCCUAGCUUUCGCCGGCAACGAGCCGUUCUUCGUGACAGAAGUUGACGAGAAAGCUCAAGAGAUGAUAACGGAAUAUUUCCCUGAAGGAGCUGUGGAUGUGAUACCGUUAACACCAGAUGAGAAAGAAGCACUUUAUGCAGAAGAAGAAGAGUUUUAUGAAGAGGAGGAAGAAGAAGAAGAAUACGAAGAAAAUGCCUAUCCUUUCUACUGAUAUAAAAUAUUAUUAAUUAAUUUAUUAUUCUUCUUAUUACUUACUCCAAAACUAUGGUUUAACAUAAUUAUGUUAAUGUGACAGAUUAAUGCUACCUAAUAGAAAUCGUUUUUCUGAUAAUCGAUAAAUGAAAAUACAGAUAUCUAUAAAUUAAAAAUUUAAUCAUUUUCAGUGACAAUUAAAACUGAGAAUUUAGAUGGAAUAAAGUUACAAAAGAAAUACGAAAAUUUUUACUAUAUGGAAUGACUCGCAUACCAUACAUUUGCAUUUUCCACGUGUUUGGCAACGAUGCUCGUUCGCUCGUUUUGCUUGGCACAGCAUGUUUGCGUAAGUUGACGAAACAUCAAACCACAUCGUGGAAGUUAUAAAUGUAGCUAUUUUGUUGUCAAUUUUCAUUUCGAUUAAGCUGCACCGUAUACUAUAGUAUUUUUUGCUAUAGCAAUAAAAGUAUGCAGAAAUACUAACAUAAGUGCAUCGAUAAGGUUACAUUGCGUUGCACUAUUAAAUAAACUUUCUUUGAGAGAGAAAGAGAGAGAGAGCAUUAUAAUUAAAAUUAUUAUUAU